UUGUAGAGCUCCAGAUGUACAUCCUUUUAACGAAGUGGUAACCGGCUUAUGCCUUCCGGUGGUUAGUUGCCGUCCCGGUAAUAUUAUGUUUUGUGCAGUGGGUAUCAGAUGGGGGGCGUUGUCCUGGGUGUUGAGCGGACCCGGGAUUCCCAGUGACAGUUGCCUACUUUAGGUUGCAGUACUGCCCUAUUUCCUAUAAUUUUUUACAAGCCUCACCGACCCCGAUUAGUGUAUGGGCUUGCCGGUGAAAGAAAACACGGCAAACGUCUCCAAAGCUCUGCUCCUUUGCGUUUAAUACGAUACGAAUACACACAUAUACUGGUGUAUUUCUAAUGGCACUUACCCGACAGCUGAAGGGCAGCGGUGUUCAGUUUCAAUGGUGACGGGACGGUGCCGGAGAAGGUGAUUUAACCGGUGAAUUUAGAAUAUUCACGCUCUCUUUAUGUAUUCAUUUAUUUAAUGAAUGAACAUAAUAUUUUUUUCUGCUUAUUAAUCAGCUAGCAUGUUUCAUAGUUUUCUGUCCAGACUGUCACCUAGUGCGAAAAUUCAUGCAAUUCGAUGGGGAAACUAGUUUGUGUAGAAAUGGAAACUGCAUGUGAAACCCCGGAAUUCAGUACAGUGUUUAGCUUAUAGUCAGUGUUCGCCCUUUUGUUUUUUAUAUUUAAUAUUCCGUUUUAUAGUUAGCUUUCACUGAGGUUUACCACCCAGACAAACUUCGAACAACUACAAAUGAGUGAUCGGAGUGACAUGCCGAAAUUAAACCCGGACACGUAUAUUUUAGGCUAAAGGCUAAAUUGUCGCCAUGUCGACAUGUUUUACUUAAUACUGACAAUUGCCAUCGGCUUGAUGGAUUAGGGUGAAAUGCAAGAAAUGUUUACCCCUAUAUAUUUGUGUUCCUGUUCCUGUUGCAAGACGUCCACUGUACGGGAAUCAGAAAUGAAACAUAAAUGUAAUACUUUAAGUAUCAAUUUGUUUGUUUGCUCGUUGUGUAAUAUAGCUUUCCACGUAUGACAAGUUCUCAGUUAAUUUGGUGUGGUUGAAUAUUGCAAGAGCAUCUAAAUCAAUUAAGAUAUGUUGCAAAAAAGUGCAACUAUUUUUGAGCCGAGUAUUGUAAGUCAUUCGCGCCAAACUAGACAUGUCUAUUUAUGUUAAUUUGUCCCCCAGAGCUGAGUUUGAGAUCCGUCGCUUUAGGGAGAAUGGUUCCUUAGUAGGAACUACUUAGCCUGUCUUAUUUGUGGACAUUCUUAUGUUUAUCCCAUGUUAAAGAAUGGAUGUGACAUUUCCUUUUUACUACAACCUUUCGUAGGUGUAAGUGCAGAGUUGUAGUAAGAGGUGUAGUGUGCUUCAAGCUCUGUUUGUGGAUUACUUCUCUGCUAGUAAGGUAGGACUCUGUUUGCUUUCUGUUUACUGUCUGUUGAAACUGUUGUUGUGUGUAGUUUCGGUCUCCCUGAAGGUGUUAAUUAGGGGGCAGGGCUUACUGAGUUUAAAUUGAAGGUGACUCCAGCUCAAUACUCAGUGUGCUUCAAGCUCUGUUUGUGGAUUACUUCUCUGCUAGUAAGGUAGGACUCUGUUUGCUUUCUGUUUACUGUCUGUUGAAACUGUUGUUGUGUGUAGUUUCGGUCUCCCUGAAGGUGUUAAUUAGGGGGCAGGGCUUACUGAGUUUAAAUUGAAGGUGACUCCAGCUCAAUACUCAGUGUGCUUCAAGCUCUGUUUGUGGAUUACUUCUCUGCUAGUAAGGCUGGUGGAUAUCAAGGAAAAAAAGCGGCAGAAGUGGGAAGAAUCGAUAGCGGAACACUGGAGAGAGACUGGUUUUGAAAUUUCUUGAAGGGACCUCUUUGAAAGCGGCAGGAUUGGCAGGAAGUGCGGCACUGGCUUGCUGACAGACUGCCAUGCACCACAUAAGGACUUGUGCCACGCGCCUGCGCCCCCUGAUGGGCCCCCAGGCUGCCCGUUGCCCGUUACUGUGGGGCCUGGCGGCAAAUCCCAGGCGAGGGGAGCGGCAGUAUAUGGCACCCAUAGCUGCUGAGCGCUUCCUCAACCGGAGGAGCUCCAACUACAUGGAGGAGAUGUACUAUGCCUGGCUGAAGGACCCCAAGAGUGUGCACAAGUCAUGGGACGUCUUCUUCCGAAAGGCAAACGCUGGAUCUCCCCCAGGUACAGCUUACCACACCUCUUCUCCCAUGCGGGUGGCACACAGCCAGGCACUGGUAGGGGCACAGCCCAACAUGGAGAAGCUGAUGGAGGACCAUUUGGCUGUACAGUCCCUCAUCCGUGGCUACCAGGUGAGAGGACAUCACAUAGCCAAACUGGACCCUCUGGGCAUCAGUUCCAGUGAUGCUCCAGGAACCGUUGGGUUCCAUCGAGUCGGAUUCUACAGGCUGGAGGAGGCCGAUCUGGACAAGAUGUUCCGACUCCCCACCACCACCUUCAUUGGGGGCAACGAGAGUGUCCUGCCCCUGAGGGAAAUCAUUCGUCGCCUCGAGAUGGCAUACUGCCAGCAUAUUGGUGUGGAGUUCAUGUUCAUCAAUGACCUGGAGCAGUGCCAGUGGAUCCGGCAGAAGUUUGAGAAGCCUGGUGUGAUGCAGUUCACGCUGGAGGAGAAGAGAACCCUACUGGCCCGGAUGAUCCGGUCCACUAGGUUUGAAGAGUUCCUACAGAGGAAGUGGUCCUCAGAGAAGCGAUUUGGGCUGGAGGGCUGCGAGUCGCUCAUCCCCGCCCUCAAGACCAUCAUCGACAAGUCGAGCCAGAACGGUGUGGAGAGUGUUAUCAUAGGCAUGUCACACAGAGGUCGUCUCAAUGUCUUGGCCAAUGUCAUCCGCAAGGAACUGGAGCAGAUCUUCUGUCAGUUUGACUCCAAACUGGAAGCUGCAGAUGAGGGUUCAGGAGAUGUGAAAUACCACCUGGGAAUGUACCAUCGCACCAUCAACCGGGCAACGGACCGCUACGUCACGUUGUCCUUGAUGGCCAACCCCUCGCACCUGGAAGCCGUAGACUCUGUGGUGCAGGGCAAGACCAAAGCUGAGCAGUUCUACUGUGGGGACACUGACGGAAAGCGGGUGAUGCCCGUCCUGCUGCAUGGCGAUGCUGCCUUCGCUGGGCAGGGCAUCGUGUACGAAACAUUCCACCUGAGCGACUUGCCUUCCUACACCACACAUGGCACCGUGCACGUCGUCGUCAACAACCAGAUUGGUUUCACAACAGACCCCCGCAUGGCGCGGUCCUCCCCCUAUCCCACUGACGUGGCCCGCGUGGUCAACGCGCCCAUCUUCCACGUCAAUGCCGACGAUCCCGAGGCCGUCAUGUAUGUGUGCAAUGUAGCGGCUGAAUGGCGUGCGACCUUCCACAAGGACGUGGUCGUGGACCUGGUGUGCUACCGACGGAAUGGCCACAAUGAGAUGGACGAGCCCAUGUUCACACAGCCUCUGAUGUACAAGAAGAUCCAAAAGCAGAAAGGGGUCCUUCAGAAGUAUACAGAGAAGCUGAUUACGGAAGGCAUCGUUACCAGGCAGGAGUACGAGGAGGAGGUGGCAAAGUAUGACAAAAUCUGCGAGGACGCAUACACUCGCUCCAAGGAUGAGAAGAUCCUCAACAUCAAACACUGGCUGGACUCCCCCUGGCCGGGCUUCUUCACUCUGGACGGCCAGCCAAAGAGUAUGACCUGCCCGUCCACGGGCCUGAAAGAGGAGGAGCUGGUCCAUAUUGGCCAGGUGGCCUCUUCUGUGCCUGUGGAAAAUUUCACUAUCCACGCAGGACUGACACGCGUCCUGAGUAGCCGGGGAGCCAUGAUCCAGCGGCACACGGUGGACUGGGCCCUGGCCGAAUACAUGGCCUUCGGCUCGCUGCUCCAGGAAGGCAUCCACGUGCGCCUCAGUGGCCAGGACGUCGAGAGGGGCACCUUCAGCCACCGUCACCAUGUGCUGCACGACCAGAACGUCGACAAGAGGACCUGCGUUCCUAUGAACCACCUGUCCCCAAAGCAGGCGCCCUACACUGUGUGCAACAGCUCCCUCUCAGAGUAUGGCGUGCUGGGUUUUGAGCUGGGCUUCGCCAUGGCCAGCCCCAACUCCCUGGUCCUGUGGGAGGCCCAGUUCGGAGAUUUCCACAACACGGCCCAGGGCAUCAUCGACCAGUUCAUCUCCUCCGGCCAGGCCAAGUGGGUCCGUCAGAACGGCAUCGUGAUGCUGCUGCCCCACGGCAUGGAGGGCAUGGGCCCAGAACACUCAUCUGCUCGUCCAGAAAGGUUCUUGCAGAUGUGCAACGAUGACCCAGAUGUUUUCCCAAAAAUAACAGAGGACUUUGCGGUCAGGCAGCUAUAUGGUUGCAACUGGAUUGUGGUCAACUGCUCCACUCCCAGCAAUUACUUCCAUGUGUUGAGAAGACAGAUCCUGCUGCCCUUCAGGAAACCUCUCAUCAUCUUCACACCCAAGUCGCUGCUGCGCCACCCAGAGGCCAAAUCCAGCUUUGAUGAGAUGUUGCCAGGCACACAUUUCCAGCGGCUGAUCGCAGAGGCCGGCCCCGCGUCCCAGAGCCCGGAGGGAGUGAAGCGCCUCAUUUUCUGCACGGGGAAAGUCUACUAUGACCUGACAAAGGAGCGGAAGGCACGUGACAUGGAGCACGUGGUGGCCAUCACCCGCAUCGAGCAGCUGUCUCCGUUCCCCUUCGACCUGGUGAAGGCGGAGGCUGAUAAGUACGCAGGGGCGGAGCUGGUGUGGUGCCAGGAGGAGCACAAGAACCAGGGUUACUAUAACUACGUGAAGCCCCGCCUCCGCAGCAGCACAGCCGACUCCCGGGCCGUGUGGUAUGCCGGCAGGGACCCCGCAGCCGCGCCUGCCACCGGGAACAAGAUGACUCAUGGGGUGGAGCUGCGGCGCUUUCUGAACACUGCCUUCAACCUGGAUGGCUUCCGGGGACGAUCCUAGCACCCAGCCAGCCCCCAUCCCACACCCGUUCCAGUCAAACCGCCCCCUCGCUGCCCGAUACCCUCACCCCUAACUCAGCCCUGGUGGUUGGCUUCUACAUAAUUCCCCAUCCUUCUAGGACGGACGUUUCUGGCUACCCAGUAGGCCGUCCUGCCCCCACCUUCAGGAUGCCACUUCUGCAUGCACACAGAAACAGUGUCAAGCGCAUCUUUUGCACCAGUACCAACAAGGCUAACAAAGUCAAUUUCAAGGAACUGGAAUUUAAACACAAAAUUAUAGCACAGGUUAUGCUUAACCACAGAGUGACAUUACUGCACAGUACAGUAGCUCUCUUGCCACACCUGUGAAUGUGAGCUGCGGUAAAUCGUUGAAGGUUACAUUUCCCAGAAGCAUAGUUCCUAACAAAGUUAGCAGCUUACAUAGUUGGAACAAUGCAACUGAACAGUUCCAACUAUGCAAGUUGCCAACGGGAGCCUUUGGGAAACAUACCCACAACCGUUUCCUUUACUCUCCACUUUGACUGGUCCCAGCUGGUCACAUGACGAGCAGUUUGCACUCCUUAUAGGAGGCCCGGGUGGAAGGUGUUCUGUACUUACCAAGUCACAUGACAUUCCUGUUCCCAUGGAGGCAGCCAUUUUGUGAUAAUGCAGCAUAGUGUUAACAAUGUUUUCCACACCCCUCCCCAUUAAUUCUCCGGUAUCCAAGUAAAAGGGUUGAGGAGAAAGUAUGCGGUUUGCAAAAAAAUUUUUAAAUGCUUUCCCGGAAGACCUUAACAUUAUGAAAAAUUUGCACUUUUCUCUCCAAUCAGAAGCUGUAUCUCAUAUAUUUAUUCUCCUAGUGGUGAUAGAUCUGAUUGUGUUAUUUUUACCUCCGUAAAAAAAGCACGUGGUUCGCUUUUUAUUUUCUUUUUAGAUCAGCCUGGAAAGGACGUUUGCCGCACACGUUGUGCUCCAGUUUCUCUGGAAGUUUUAUUUGUACACAAGAACACAAAUGAAACCGUGAGUGGGUGACGUUAGGUUGGUGUAUCAUCCAGCUGGCCGGGGCUCAUGUCUGCACUGGUGCCCUGAAUCGCCCGACAGAGUCAUGGCAUCACUGCUGCGUCCUGGUCAAGCCCCCGAACCCCAAGAGCUCCAGGCCUGCCACACUAAUGUCAGUGUGACCCUAAGCACUGCUCCUACCUGCGCACAUGUGUGUGUCUCAGAGAAGAGAGAUGUUCUAUGUGAAAAAUAAAGAAUUCCCAUGUACUUGUACAAA